UGGUGACGGCGCGCGGUCCCGUCUAUAGGCUGUGACCGGGUCUGCCGUCUCAUAUGCAGCGCUAUGGCGGCCUGGUGGCUGACGGAUACCGAUAGUUUGGUAGCCGUGGCUAGCUUAAAGCUAACGCUCGUCCCAGCCGCUGCUUUUACACCGAGACUGGGGGCAGAGUAAUAAAAGAAAAAGCGACACAAAGACGCGGCUAGCUGCAAAAGAACAACACAUCCGAGCACCGCCGAUGUGGGCUGUGCUAAGCAGAGAGGAGGGCAUUAUUUUUUUUCAUGCCAGCUAAUUGCGGCUAAAGCUAUAGAGUCAAAGUGUGCAGUUUUAAAACCUUUAAUGCUUCAAGAAUCACGUUAGAGGUUUGCCUCAAACGGAACCUUAAAAGCAGCUCGUACUGAAAUGUUGGUCUUUUAAUCCCGAAACUUCAUUAGAAGGGAUUUUUUUUGUCAUGCAUGGUCGAUGAAGGAAGGACUUCCAGAAGUUUUCGUGUGGCCAGUAUGUUCUGGAAGAUGCUAUAAAGAUUAUGUUGGACCGACGUCAGACUGGUGUAGUUGGGCUGCGGUUGGAAGACUUGAAUAUCUGGUGAAGUGGAAGGGAUGGGCAAUGAAGCACAGCACCUGGGAGCCAGAGGAGAACAUCCUGGACGACAGGCUCCUUCUGGGUUUUGAACAAAAGGAACGGGAGAGGGAAAUGCACGGGCCCAAAAAACGUGGGCCAAAACCCAAAAACGUUGUGGCAAAGGGUCGCGGUCAGAAAGCAGAGCCCACCAGUCGCACCUCCAGCAGCCGGCAGAACACGCCUCGGUCCUCCUCAACCGCUUCCAGUCGAGCAUCUUCCUCCUCCUCUGCUGUUCCUAAUGCUUUACCCUUCUCCUCCUCGUCGUCAGCGCCAGCACCUUCCCCCAAACUCAAUUCUCUCGCGGCCACCCACAAGUUGAAGAAAGACAUUCACCGUUGCCACCGGAUGUCCAGGCGCCCCCUGCCUCGCACAGAUCCCACGCGGUCCGCCUUUUCCAGUUCGAGUGGCUUCCAGUCCCGCAUGCACGUCUCCCCUUUCUCCGAGACCGUCCGCAUCCUGAACCGCCGGGUCAAACCCCGAGAAGUCAAGAGGGGGCGGAUAAUCCUCAACCUGAAGGUGAUCGACAAGCCGGGCAGGGGUGGCGGCGGCGCGGCGGGCUCCAGGAACGUGCAGACGGGUCGCCAAAACAUCCCGUCUCGUAAUCGCAUCAUCGGCAGGAAGGGCGAGGCCCCCUACAGACCUUUCCAGCCUCCUUUAAAGAUGCUGGGCUUCCCCAUGUACGGGAAGCCUUUCGGGCUGCAGUGUGGCGGGCCCAUGUCCUUUCACUCCCAAACGGGAUCCAGCUCGACUACAGGAGCCAGGCACAGCAACAGCAGCUCUUCACAGCGCCGGGCACUGCCUCCUUCGUCUUCUUCUUCCUCCACCUCCACCAACGUCACAGCUAAACACCCUCAGCCUGCCACGGAAGCCUCCAAGGAGUCAAAAUCCAGUAAAUCUCCAGAAACCCAAAAUGCCUCAUGUUCAGAAGCAAACAAAAUCCUAGUCCCCCCCUCUCCGUCUCCAUCUUUGGAAGAUCAGGACGAAGAUGCCAUGGACUGCUCCGAAGCCUCUGAGGAAGCCAGAAGUCCCUGCCAGCACAAAGCUCCCUUCACGGUUUCCUCCGUGGCUCCGGAACAAUCCUCGCCCCACCCUGAAUCCAAAAGGGUCCCCGCCGAGGGAGACCCCGACUGGCACCCGGAAAUGGCACCAAGCUGCAAGGACGUGGUGGUCACUGAUGUAACCACCAACCUCGUUACGGUCACCAUAAAAGAGUUUCCCUCUCCAGCGUCAGGGCCCGCCUCGCCUUCUGCUAGCGUGGAAAACGGCUCCACACCUCCUCCCGCCGCAACGUCCGAGGACUCCUCCGCCCCGAAGCCAUAAGAAAUCCAAUAAUACAAACUGUAACGCCAUUUGGGAUAGAAAACUAUAUAUAUAUACAUAUAUAU